AUGCUGCUUUUCCCUCUAUCUUUCUAUGUGGAAGAAAAAGUCAUGAAUCGGCUCAAAGACCAUGACUGGAAUGAUGGAGUAAGGACUCACAAGCUGUGGACGGAUGUAUUGAACGAAGCUCUUGAGAAUGGUCUCGAAAUCCCCAUGCUGUUGGAACAACAGGGCGGCGAAAUACUCCAGGAAAGCCAGCUCCCCAAUCAAUCCAGGCGCUCCAACAAGAAUGGCACUUCGAAGGUCGUAUCCUUCAACAGCCUCAGCACGCUGAAGAGCUGGGGUCGAGUCCGGAAAGGGCGCUGCACUGAAGCGGAAAUCAUAGCCAUCACAGUCAUGACAGCCCAGCACGGCGGCAAGCUGCCGCUAUGCAUAGCCAAAGAGCCCGAAUCCAUUCGCUACCGCGCCGGAAUCGCCCGCGCUCUGGAUCUGCCGCCCAUGACGGCCGAGGAAGAGACGGCGCUGCCAUCUAUCGAAUGUGCUGCCACAGACCCAGUGAGCGGACGCACCGGAGCUUCAAUCGCAACCCGCAACGCAGGCGCAAGUCCAGAUCUUGGGACUCGCGUGGAACAUGGCACGGGCGAGCUUGACGACGAGUAUGAUGAUGACGUUGAGCGAGGCAGCUCGGCGGAUGACGAGCUCAUACCGUUGGGCCCGCGCCAGACCCGGCCUCUCCUGUCCGACACAACCCGAGAUCGAGUUAAGAAAUUGGCCAAGAAGAGGGCCGAACAGAAGGCCCUUCGCCGGGCCCGAGUUCAGGCUCGUAUGGCGAACCAGCCCGCUGCAGCCACGAGCCAUGCCGCUACGACUCAGGCCGGUCUGCUCGUGGCCAACCCCCAGCGUCAAUAUAACCAGUCAUCGUCUUUGACCCUGGCCGUUCCCGAAAACAACUCUCGCAAUAACGGAACUCGCGAACGCGAGGCCAUGAUUGACAAGCUAGACGACGAGGUUCGCCAGCUCCGUGCCAUUGUUGGCGAGAUCGAAAAAGAAAAGGACCGUCUCGCUACCGGGAAUCGAGAUCUGAAAAUACGUCUUGCUUCUUGGAUCGGGGUUGUCGGUGAUAUGCAAAAGCAUCUUAAUAAUUGCCAAGACAGCCUGGGUCAAGCCAUAGAAAUGGACAAGGCCUAG